AUGGCACAACGCAGAGUAGUCGUUACAGGUUUGGGCCUCGUCAGCCCAUUAGGUGUAGGCGUAAAGGCGGCAUGGAAAAACCUGUUGGAUAGUCAAUGUGGUAUUAUAUCAUUAGCUGAGCGCGAGGGCUUUGAGAAAUUACCAGUGCGAAUCGCAGCCGAAGUACCUCAAGGCAGUUUUGAAAAUGGCAAGUUUACAGCAAGCGAAUGGCUGGAUAAAGGCGAUGAUAGAACCAUGGCCAAGUUUUCUCAUUAUGCGAUCGCAGCAGCUCGUCAAGCUAUCAAUGAUGCUCAGUGGAUUCCAGAGACUGAUUUAGAUAAAGAGAGAACUGGUGUAUGCAUUGGUUCUGGUAUGGGAAGUUUGGAAGAUAUCGUAGACACUUCAGCUGCUUAUUCAUCAGGCGGUUACAGAAAAGUGUCGCCCAUGUUUGUUCCUAGAAUAUUGAUCAACAUGGCAGCAGGCCAUCUCACCAUGAAGUACGGAUUCCAAGGACCCAAUCACGCAGUAUCCACCGCUUGCACAACAGGCGCCCACGCUAUUGGAGACGCUAUGCGAUUCAUUCAGUAUGGGGAUGCAGAUGUCAUGAUUGCCGGUGGCACCGAGGCGUCUGUGCACCCAUUAGCCAUUGCAGGUUUUGCCAGAGCCAAAUCAUUAGCAUCGCAAUAUGACGACAAGCCAACAGAGGCAUCACGGCCCUUUGACAAGGAUCGAUCUGGAUUUGUCAUGGGAGAAGGAUCAGGUGUCGUUGUGUUAGAGGAAUACGAGCACGCUAAAAAGAGAGGAGCCAAAAUAUAUGCAGAACUCAAGGGUUAUGGUCUUUCUGGUGAUGCCCAUCAUAUGACUUCACCCCCAGAGCAUGGACAGGGUGCUGUGCGAUCCAUGCGACGUGCAUUGCAAGUAGCCGGGCUUUCACCCGCAGACAUUGACUAUGUAAAUGCACAUGCCACCAGCACACCGGCAGGAGACGUUGCUGAAAACAGAGCUAUUAAAACGGUGUUUGAUGGUCACUGGGACAGCAUCAAUGUAUCCUCUACCAAGGGAGCCACAGGCCAUUUACUAGGCGCUGCUGGUGCUGUGGAAGCCAUUUUUUCCAUCUUGUCUGUACACAACGAUGUGAUCCCUCCAACACUCAACUUGCAUCAACCUGCCAACGAGGAAUUCAACUUGAACUAUGUCCCGCUCGUGCCUCAAGAGAAGCUAGUAAGAGCUGCCAUUACAAACAGUUUUGGAUUUGGUGGUACAAAUGCCACGUUGUGUUUCUCAAAAGUUUAA